UGUGCAUAGAUUGUCCUUGCCUGGGCUCGGAGCUGUCUCUCCCUCGCGUGCAAAUCCCUCAACAUGAAACUGUUGUCGAUGGUCCUGGCCCUGUUUGUGGCCCUGGCAGGCUUAGUUUCCCUGAGCAGUGCCAUGCCUGAGCCUGACCCCAGUCCCGUGGCUGAUCCCGAUCCCUUCAAAUUCAAAGGCGGCGGAUUCCGUAGAGGAGGAUAUGGAGGCCACAGGCGUGGGGGUUACGGAGGCUUCAGGAGGGGAGGCUACGGAGGUUUUGGAGGUUUCGGCAAGAAGAAGAAGUUCGGGUAAAGUCUCUGCUGUCUCUGCUGCCUGACGCUCGGGCUUCUUUCUCAGACGACGCCAAAGUCUGGAAUUCAUAUCGACUGUAUCUUUGAUCCGGAAAAUAAAUCAAACAAACUAA